GUUUUUCGCUUUUUCUCCCAACUCCUCCACUCUCGACGUCCACUUCAGGCGCUCGCAAUGCCACCCAAGCUAGAUCAUGACCUCGCGUCAAGUCGCGCCUUCGAAGACGCCACAGCCAGCUUUGCUGCUCUCGCGGCCGCCGGCGAACUCGACCCUGCCCUCCUCGCGCUCUCUGGCGCGUCGGGGUCUGCCCAGAUCGACCCACAGCUCUUCGCCAUCGAGUCCGUGGUCCAGGAUGUCCGUCGCGGCCGCGUGGAGGACCUCGAGCGCGACCUGGCCAUAGACGCCGCAUCACAGGACGUCGCGGAUGCGAGCCACCCGGAUGGGCUUUUGGGCGACGACGAGGCGCCGGACGAGCACAUCGCCAUCGAUGAUGACGGGAUCGACCCCGCCCUCCGCGAGAUUGUCAACUCGCUCACCAACGCGCAGCAGUCCCAUCACCCGAUCGGGGAUGAGGAGCGCGAGCGCCUCGAUCGUGAGCGCCUGCAUAGCACGCUCCAGAGCACCCUCGAGGACUUCACCCACCACAGCCUCAUGGGCCAAUACAACGCCAUUUUCAGUACCUCCUUCCCCCAGAGUCCCACAAAUCUGGUGUUGCCGCUCGAAGAGCCCGAAGCCACGCCGAUUAAGCGUGGGCGGGGGCGGCCAAAGGGGUCGAAGAACAAGCCUAAACCUGGCGCACCUCCCCCGCCACCACCACCCCCGAAGCGUAAGCGCGGCCGUCCACCCAAAAUCCGCACGGCCGAGGAGCUCGAGGAGAUGGAGCGGAGGCAGCAGGAGAAGGAGCUCGGCAUUCAGCGCAAGCGCGGCCGCCCUCGCAAGUACCCCGAGAUUGGACUUGUGCGCGAGAUGCGCCUCAAGAAGAAUCGGGCAGUCUUCGCCGAGAAGCUUAGACAGCAGGAGGAGCGGGAGCAGCGUGCGGGUGGAAAGGAGUACGAGUACAAGGGUGACGAGUACGAGGAGCCCAUGGACGUCGAGCUCGGCCAGCAGGUCGCGGCUGCUGUCGCGCGCCAGCCCGUUCAGGAUGGCGAUUACUGGCCCUACUCCGACCCACAGACGCUGAUGGACGUCGUUGGCUCGAGCCUCGGCGUGGAGGCCAGCUCUGACGUCAACGCUAUGGGAGCCGACAUCAUGUCGGGCGACCAGAGCGACGAGAUGCGCGGAGUCUUCGCCCUCCCAGACGUUCCCGAGGCUCAGCAGUAAAGGGCGGCGGUGUUGUAUGUUAUGUGUGUGAUUAUAUAUAGACACCUACGUUGUCAGAUCAGAUGCUAUUGCAUGUUCUACGG